UAGCAUCAGGCCAAAUAGCCGCUUCCCCCAGUAGCUAUUUUCUCGGUGUUUACUGUUGCCUUGCGGCACUCUACUCCAUUUUACCAUUUCAAUAUAUCUCAAUCCUAUUGACAGCCAUCCAUCUCUUCUGAAGCCAUCCACGCGGCAAAUAUGGCUACUGACGCGGAAUGGCGAUGUUUCCCCGAAUUUGGUCCUCGAGAGCUCAAUUUUAAUGCAGUGCCACCAGGCGCCACACCUCCAAGAAGAUUCUGGACAUUUUGUUUGAAUUUUGCGCCAUCCGAGAAAAAGGGCGAAAUGAUAGUAUUUUCUGCCCAAUAUGGCAAUGGUGAUAUGACUCAUGAUCUUCACGAACGUGAGGACGAUUCACUUGAGCAGACCAAAAAGUUCUAUGGUGUAUUAGCCACAUUGGAGCCACCGUCUCAUCCAAAUUUCCAAAAAUACUUUGGAACAACUCCACAAGGGUGGGUUCGGCUUGAAAUGCCCGAGUGCAGAAUUAUCGAGUUCUUCCAGGCAAAUCCCAAGGCGAGGAUGCCGGCUGGUACCAUAGGUGCAGACAAACCAAAUUUUAUUUAUUAUCGGUGGGCGAUGCAGUUAUUGGCUGCAUUAUCUUUCCUGCAUAAGCACGAGUUUUUCCACACACAACUCUAUCUGGACAAGCUCUGGCUCCGCAGUGAUUUGAGUCUUGUUUUGUGUAAUUUGACCGAGGCUUCACGGCGGGGAAAUUGGGAUGGUUGCUAUUCUGACCCUCCAAUUUCAUGCGCCCUGCCGUCUGACUACCCAUACUGUUCAGAGGACCAGCCCGAAUCAUGGCAUACCCCAAAGCAUGAUCUAUUUGCUUUUGGAACAGUUUUAUAUCUAAUCCAAAUUGAGACGGUGCUUGAAAACCCAGAGGAUCCACUCACUCCAGAGCAAGAGGAGGUUGCUCUGAGUCUGCCCACGGGAGCCAUUACACGAAAAUGCUGGGAUCAGUUGUAUACAAACGCCGAGGAAGUAGUGGCUGAUCUUAGGGCUGUCAUUGAAGCCGAGGGUAUUGAGGUUAAUGAGCAGAACCAAGUCAUUACAAGUGAAGGGCUAGGAAAUCUCAUGGCCGAAUUCAACCCACCUCCUGUGAUGCCAGAUUACCGAUAGACAGGAUACAGUGAAGGAUCAAGAAUUGUGAUAGUUUAUCUCAAAUACUUGGAAGGCUUUACUGUGUUAAUUGGAGUCAGCUGUGAACAAGGACGAGGCAGCGCAAGGAUCGCUUGGCGGAUGGUCAGGAUAUGCUCUUCUACUAAGCUUGCUAGAUAUCCGAAUAGGAAAAGAGUUGAUCAAUUAGAUCAGCCAAGGAAAAUUUUUCUUGUUCGUUUAAACUAACACAUAUCUACAAUCCUCUCAUUCCGUGCAUGGUGUUUCCAGACAGAAAUAGUUACGAAUAUCCUUCCACGGCUUCCACCGUCUUAGGUACCGCCCAUUCCAAUAUCUGGUAGAUCCAAUGAAAACUCCGAUUGGACCUCUGGAAAUGUCUCAGUUGGGAGAUUGUCACACGUGAAAGUAAGUCGCAGCUUUUUGGCCUC